GCACCCGAUCUUCAGCGGAAACUGCCGAACGGUUUUCAAACUUGGAACAUUAGCUGAAGUCGGAGCUCAGUUUGCCGCGAGCUGUCGAGGAGAACGCACGUCGCUCGCCCUCCCACCUCCACUCCGCGAUAUUUACGUUAAGUGAUAGUGAUAUUUUUAAGUGUUACUUGACGUGAUGACACACUACAUGAGUGACUUAAAUACAUUGUAGGACGUUGUACUAAUCGACGCGACGUGGCAGUGAAAAUGCGAGUGACUUAGUGUCUCACCAUGAAGACCGCGCACCUCGUGCUGACACUGACGUGUGUCAUCUCUUUCACUUGCACGCACGCCAAAAUAGGUUAUUUUUGGCACAUCACGGACUUCCAUUAUGAUCCGCUAUACACAUCACAAGGCGACACUAGAAGACAUUGCCGUCGAGCAGAUGAGCGCGGCAGCUCGGGGCACCACCGCGCGCUGGGCCGCUUCGGCGACUACUCGUGCGACAGCUCGCUGGAGCUGAUCGAGUCGGCCGCGCGGCACAUGCGCACGCGACACUCCGAGAACGUCGAGUUCGUGCUAUGGACCGGUGACAUCAUAGCGUCCCGGUACGGCAGCGACGAAGAGCGAUACCAGGCCAUCAGGAACAUGACAGACCUGAUGGGCAGGACGUUCAGCUCGCACUUCGUGUUCCCAGUGCUGGGCCACCUGGACCCGGCGCCGUCGGAGAACCUGACCAACCUCUGGGGCCAUUGGCUGCCGCUGGAGGCUUUGCAGACUUUUAAGAUUGGUGGCUACUAUACAAUAGAGCAGUCACAUAGCAAGCUUAGGAUAGUUGCAUUGAACACCAACCUGUUCAGUGUUCGGGAAUCAAACGGCGGACCUGCCCAGGCGCAGUGGGACUGGCUCAACGCUGUACUCGAUAAGGCUGCGUCGCAUAGUGAAAUGGUGUACAUAGUGGGUCACGCGGCGCCCGGGUCAGACUCGCGGCACGCGUACGACGCGCACGCCACAGGAGCCAACGCGCAAUACCUGCGCACCGUGCGUCGGCACGCGCGCAUCAUCGCCGGACAGUUCUUCGGACAUCUUCAUGCGGACACUUUUCGCGUCAUCUAUGAUAACGAUCGGCCAGUGUCGUGGGCACUGCUGGCGCCGUCGGUGAGUCCGCACCGCGAGCCAGCUGGUGCCUCUAACCCCGGCCUUAGGCUUUAUAAGUUCGACACCAACACUGGCAAGGUGUUGGACUACACUCAGUAUUAUCUGGACUUGGCCGCCGCCAACCGCGGCGGAGCAGCCGAGUGGACCACGGAAUACAACCUUACUCAGUACUACGGUCUGCACGAAGUGUCGGCCGACGCUCUCCACAACUUGGCUGAUAAGCUGCGGAUAGGCUCGCCACAUGAGACCAUGGCCUUCAACAAGUACAUCCGCGCUUACAGCGUGAAGCGUGAUAGCUCAGAGUGCGACGGCGCGUGUGCGCACCAGCAUUUCUGCGCCAUCACCUGCCUCGAGUUAGCCGCGUACCGCCAGUGCGUAGAAGCAGCAGCCAGCGCCCUGGCCGCCGCCAAGCGGGCUGCUUCGCUCGAGACUCCCAUCGCUGUUCUGCUUGUCAUGUUCAUUUCUGUACUUACGUUGCUAUAGGACCAUUCGGAUCUCGAUGGACUUCGGAUUUUAUAGGGAGGAUCAAAUGUUAUGGCAUCUCUACCGGAAAGAGCCAAACUGAAGUUCGACAUUAAUUGUUAAGUUAACAUUUCCGUAAUAACUAUGCCAGGUUAAAACAGGCCGUGAUGUUACUAUGGUCUACGGUAUUUGUAGUUUGGAGGAUCAAAAGUUGGCAAGGUCAAGGAGUUCAUUUAGGCGACAGUAUUAAUUAAAUCAUGACAAAAAAACUUCAUGAGUAUUGUAUUCCUACAUAAAAGGAUGCAGGUUACGCGCUGCAUUAAGCCAGAAGGGCGUGUGUUAACAACUAAAAGCAUUCGUCUCUCUCGAACGUAUUUGCACAGAGAAUUCACCUUAACUGCGUCCAUUUCUCAGCCAACUUUGAUAUAGAUUCCAGGUGAGUGGCUUUAGGCGGCGGCUUAUUCUGACUGUAAUGACAGGUUAUUAAUUGGAUUUACAUUUGUUACGGAUAUGAAAGCUAUCAAAAUCAACAGUGACAUUUGAAGAACCAGAAAUAUCAUUAUAUCACUUUCGACAGCUGACAGAUCAAGAUCAUGUUCAUAACAAAUCCAGAUCCGUGUCAUAUCCUGUUAUUACAAUCAGAAUAAGCCUUAAGGACAGCAGGAAAAAUCCACGAGAAGCUAUUACAACAGGAGAUAUAUUUGCUACACUACAAGUAUAACGGGGGCCCUAUCGGAUAAUUUCAACGGCUCUCUGUUGAUAUUAUAUUUAUAACAUUAAAAAACAUUGAAUAUUAUUUUACGAAGUCAAUAGAGUCAGUGAUAUCGCUAAGGCUAUGUUUAGCUAACAAGGAAUGGUACUCAACUGUCCGGCUCCGAUUUGAUUUAUUUUGAUAUUUUAAAUGUUAAAGUUUUAAAUAACAGACACGUUUUUUUUUAGCUACCCAUUCUCAACCUAUUGGAAGACUGCCCUCACAGUUUCUACGUAAGUUAGAAGGUUUAGUCACUUUUUAGUAUUUGGAGGAGAAUAUCUUCCAAUAGUUUGUGAUUGGGGAGCUAAGAAAAUACGUGUCUGUUUUUUUAGACCGUAGUCUAAAAUAAGUUAGAGAAUAAGUACUCUAACAUUAUCAAAGCACAUACCCAAAUCAAUCGGAGUCAGACAGUUGAGUAGAUACCUUGGCCCUAUUCGAACAAUGUUUAUAAAAAGUCACAGCAAUACUAUACCGAUCUGACAAGUGGCGCAUUUCUUGAACCAAAAACUUCACUUUUUCGGUAUCGUAUCGCUGUGACAUCUUAUAAGCAUUGUGCGAAUUUAGUCGUAAGUUUACUAAAGUUUACUGUGGUUACCACUGGCCGAGAGACUCAAGAGUAAAAAACUUGACUCACACGAGUGAACUUUUCAGAAACAAGUAGAGACCCAAGUAAACACGCUCAGAUGGCAAUUUGUGAUAUUGCUAAAUAUUGAAAUAUGUUAAAAUAUUUCUAAACGUACUUAUUUUAUACAUUAGUAUAAUUAAACAGUUUUAUCGAGUUACUGAAUGUAAAAAUGUACGCAGUACUUCGAUAUUUAAAAUGUUAAUAGGUACCUAUUAUGUUAUUGUUGUAUGAGACCCUUAAAAUUAAAUUUGAUAUUAAAUUAUCUAUAUUUAGGCGAUGAAGGAAUAAAUUCUAAAUGUAAUUAUUGUUAAUAAAAUAAUGAUUUGAAAAACGGUUAGUACAUUUACUGUCUAGUAAAUUGGUAUAAUCAUUACUAUAUUACCAGAGCCUAUGUUUAGAAUAAACAAUGGUUAUUUCAGUGUGAUUUUCGUUUGUUUCCAUUAAGUUAAUAAAACUGAUAGACAGUUGUAAUUAUAGAGUAUUCACGGUAUUGUUUUUAAUAAAUGGACAUUGCCUUUAAUCCAGGCAUGCGUGUGCUUGACACGACUUAUUAAUUAACUACAUAGUAGAUCAAACGUCAUGUCACAAAGUCUGUUCAUUAAUUAAAUGACCCUAAAUUGGUGUCCAUGCUUGUUGAAAUGUAAAUAUGAUGUAACUAGUCACAAUUAUGUCUAUCCUAUUUAAUGUCGGAGAUUUUUAUACGCCAGUAUUAAAAUAAGUAUCGUACUCGUACUUACCUGAUUAUGAUUUAAAAUUUUAUUCAACUGUAGUGUAGGUAACUGUGACGUCCCACGGGUAAAGGUACCUUAUGGCGGUUGGCGCUUACGCUAUUACUAACGCCGCUCCAAUAUUAUUGCGGCGCUAUGCGACGUAAGCGCCGGCCGCCAUAAGGUACCUUUUUCUGUGGAAUGUCACAAUUAAUUGAUUACGUAAAAAUAUUGUUUUAUGAGCUAUUCAGUUGAACUCAUGUUUCCAUGUUCACUGUAGAUUUUGGAACUACAUAAAUAUUUUAAGUGUACUUUUAUUCAAUGUACUAUGUAGUGGAAGUAAGUAAUUUAACAUAAAUAUUAAGGUUCAUUUUGGCAUGCGAUGCUUGGAGGCAAAUGUGAUUUUAUCAUAAGUAUUUGUACGUUAAAUAAAUAUGAAACUGUCGGAAAAGUGUGAGCCUAAUCUGAGUCGUGUACAUAGUUAUCUAAAUUAGAAUUGUAGGUCUACAACUGUAAAUGAGGAACAAUUAGUUCUAAGUAAACUAAGGCUUUUUGCGUUAUAUUACUUUUAACAUUUACAUAUAAGUGGCUAUUGAAAGAUUUUAGUUUUUAUCUUUAUAUUAUUAUUACUUGUAUUUUGUGUCAAAAAAGUGGAUUUAGCAUUAUAACACUUUUUAGCAGACGAUUGUCAGGUAUUCAUGAAAUAAAUAUAUGUAUACAAGUAAUCAACUUAUAUCGUUACUUGUUUCAAACAGUCAUAGGCUACACUAACUGUUUACCACCAGGCGGCCUGAGUUGUUGUUUAUAACUUUAUCUAUCUAGUAAAAUAAUAGAAAAUACCUCUUCGACCGUGAGCUGAAACUUUCGCAUGUUAACGAAAAUGCGUUUGAAAACCUAAUCUCACCGACGCAACGUUUUAUGUAUAAGUCAGUCGAGAGCAAAAUAACUUGGAAAACGCAGAUGGAAGUUAAAAGUUUCCGAAUUGUUAUUAAAAUUUCGUGAUUUAUGCUUUGUAAACGGAAGAGAAAUAAAACGUUGAAGUGAUUUACAUCUUUCUCGUGCGAGAGGAGGAUUCAUAACUUUCCGCACUCGACUGUGCCGGUGUUCGUAGUAGAUUUGGUUUCGCUUUAUCGUAAUAAAUAAAUAUUAUGGAUGUUCCCGUAUCUACUCUGCUGGGUGUCUUGAUAAUUAAUUUUUGAAUAAACGACUGUAAUCAAAA